UAUCGCACAAUUUCCUUUAUUUUUUUCUUAUCAGUGGUCAAAGCAUACAGCAAUCAGUGCAAGAAUGUCUCUAAAUAACGAAAACGAAUACAAAGGGCGUCUCAUUGCCGCCGUAAAAAAAGAAGUGAAACAGGUGAUGGAGGAGUCAGUCACUAGAAAAUUCGUACAUGAAGAAAGCGGUUCGGUUACGUCAUUAUGUGCAGCGGUUGAGGCGUGUUUGUCACAAGGUCUAAGAAGGCGCGCUCUGGGCCUUUUCAAAACGUCCUCAACCACAGCCCUUUUACACAAAAUUGCCAAACAUAGCAGGGAGGCGGCGAUAAUCUCGAAAAAGGUACAAGAAAUUGAAAAUUCUGAUCCCAACAGGAGGUCUUCUAGUAGCAGCGAGAGCUUAACAAAGCCAACGCUGAAGAAAAAUCAUUCUUUACCGUCGACCCCGCUUCCUAAAUAUUUGUGGAUCAGGUUGGCCCUGUUUGAAAAACAAUUGGCGAAAAUCAUAGACUACUUGGUUUCAAACGCAAAUAAAUAUUACGACAAGGACGCCCUAGUAGCAGAUCCGGACUAUGGAAGUAUCUUGAGCUCCUUACUUGUAGGACCCUGUGCUCUGGAUUAUUCCAGGACCAAAACCCCAGACCAUUUCUGGACCGACCCGCCGGCUGAUGAACUGGUCCAGCGGCAUAGAAUUUCAAGUAGUCACUCGACGCCGCCCCCGGUUCGCCGCCCCAUCCUCAAUUUCCGCCGUUCCCUGAAUGCCAGUUCCGAGGAUUCGAUAACUAAUCGAACAACUACGCAGCAUUUAGCAAAAGAUUACGUAGAGAGCCUUCAUCAGAAUUCCAGAGCUACGCUUCUUUUUGGGAAAAACAACGUGUUGGUCCUGCCGGUCAAUGCCGACGUUUCGCAACCGAUGCCCGGGUAUUUGAGUCUUCAUCAGACAGCGAGUGGGUUGACGAUUAAAUGGACGCCUAAUCAGUUGAUGAAUGGGUUUACGGAUGAGGUGCAAGACAAAAGUGUUUUCUGGGACUACGCUCUCCAAGUUCGUUUAGACGAAAUAGUCUACGUCCACUGCCACCAAGACAGUGAAACCGGCGGCACCGUGAUCCUAGUAGGCCAAGAUGGCGUCCAGCGCCCCCCUAUUCAUUUCCCAAAAGGGGGCCACAUGUUGGCUUUCCUUAGCUGCAUAGAAACCGGUCUCCUACCUCGAGGACGCCUUGACCCCCCUUUGUGGUCACAACGCUGUUCGAACAAACGGAGGCGCCCCCUUCCGGCUCUCUCCGAAACUGAGGAGACUACUAAAGACUACGUUUUUCGAAUCGCCGAUAACACGACCCACAAAGAUAUACUUAAACAAAACGAACUGAUGGAUACGCACAUUGCCUUGCCGCCCAAAUCUAGAGUUCAAUUACCUAGUACUAGCACUAGUUCAGAAAGUUCCACUAAAAGCUUCAGCAUAGAUCAAAAUGCUCCGGAUAGUCCGCCGAGUAUUUGCAUUCAAGCAGUCUGUGAUUCUAUGAAACGUCAAAUUAUAUCUAGGGCUUUCUAUGGGUGGCUGGCAUACUGUCGUCAUUUGUCGACGGUUAGGACGCACCUUAGCGGAUUAGUUAAUAGCAAGAUAGUCAAUGGAGAGGGCGCUAGUGAUGGCAUCACCGUGGAAAAAUGGAACGAGCUCUGUACCGACGGCGUCGUGACCGACCACGCCGAGCUGUACCGUCUCACCUACUUCGGCGGCAUCGCCCACGACCUGCGCAAAGACCUCUGGCCCUACCUCUUAGGCCACUACAAAUUCGGUAGUACCACCCAACAACGAAUGGAACUGAGCGAAGAAACCAAGCAAGCAUACGAAAACACCAUGUCUGAGUGGUUGGCAGUGGAGGCCAUCGUGCGACAACGAGACAAAGAGACCCAGGCCAACGCCAUCGCGAAGUUAAGCAGCGAAAGCAUGAGCGGAGAGCAAGUGCCGGCGCAGAUCCAACGCGACUUAAGCAAUGAAGUAGUGUUUUUUGACCUGGCGCAGUCCGGUAGGAUUAUCUCAAACGCGAUGCUAAUAGUGUUAUUGCAGGUGUUCGAGGAUAACAUCAGCGACGAGGAUUCGGGGCCGAAUGUGGAGGAAGAAGGCAAGCCCGAGCGGACGCGACAGAACACGAUUAAGUAUGACAGCGACCCGGAGCAGGACGAGAAGGAGGAGCGAUACCAGCAGCAGCAGUUGAAGGAUUUCAUUCAUAAUGUGAUAGUGACGAAUGCUAGUGUGGAUAUGGGGAAUUUGGGGAGUGAGAUAGAGGCGAAUGGGCACAGGAAUGAUUUGGAUGUGGUGACUGAGGAGAAUUCGUCGUUGGAUACCUGCAUAGAGACCCAUGGGCUUGCCUCGCCAGCUAUGUCGACAUGCGUUUCGCCGGCUAGUUCUAAUGGAGGGGUGUAUAGUCAAGAACUUCUGGAGACUUUUGGAUUGAAUCUCCACAGGAUCGAGAAAGAUGUACAAAGGUGUGACCGGAAUUAUUGGUAUUUCACGGUGGAGAACUUGGAUAAGUUGAGAAAUGUUAUGUGCACAUACGUCUGGGAGCACCUCGACAUAGGUUACAUGCAAGGCAUGUGCGACCUGGUGGCCCCCCUUCUAGUCAUUUUCAACGACGAAUCCCUAACCUACGCAUGUUUCUGCCACUUGAUGGAACGCAUGGUCGAAAAUUUCCCCAACGGCAACGCAAUGGACUGUCAUUUUGCCAACAUGCGAUCCCUCAUCCAAAUUCUUGAUUCCGAAAUGUACGAACUAAUGCACUCUCACGGCGAUUACACACACUUCUACUUCUGUUAUCGAUGGUUUUUACUAGACUUCAAACGCGAACUAGUUUAUCCGGAUGUUUACGCUACGUGGGAGGUAAUCUGGGCCGCACAACACGUAGCGUCUAGUCACUUCGUGCUAUUUCUAGCGCUAGCGCUACUUGAAACAUAUAGGGAUAUUAUUUUGUCGAACUGUAUGGAUUUUACCGACAUUAUAAAAUUUUUUAACGAAAUGGCCGAAAGACACAACGCCGCGGCCGUGCUGUCUCUGGCCAGAGAUUUGGUGCUGCAACUGCAACUGUUGAUAGAAAACAAAUAGAAUCAAUGUAUGAAAAACCUAGGUGAAAAAAACUGUACCUCAACGUUUUCUAAAAUUUAGGGAGGGAGAUUUGUAAUCGGUAAAGCCCAAACUAUUUUCUACCAAUGAUUAUGAAUCACCCUGUAUAUACGAAAUGUGCCAAAACAUUUUGAGUUUAACGAAUCGGUUGAGUGUGCUUCAUAUUUUUAUAUAUUUGCUGUGUUCAUCGUUCACUGUUGUUUCCGAAAGAUGGUGCUUACGACGAAUAGGUCGUCUAGUCUGCGGUCCGCCUCGUCGUAAGUACCGCCGUGUGAGGUCUAAAGUUGCCAGUUGUGAGAUGAUAUUUAUUUUAUAAUAAAAAUUGUUUAUGUAAAAUAUAUAAAUAAUAUACAUAACAAAUAGAAAAAAUAUAUUUUAUAACAAGUUAGACUUAACUUCAAUUCGAUAUUCUAUGGCAUAUAAUUUAAACAGAAACUAUUUACAAAGUACGAAUAUUUACGAAUGUCUUAACUUACCACUAUUUUUAUGUAUGAAUGUUUAAAUGUGCCUUUUUUGAAGCAUCUUUCACACAGUAUUUAUCUAUAACUAAGUUAAAGCGGGAAAUUUACGUUGUUGCUCUCAGUGCCAAAUGACGUCACAGAUGGGAUGAAGCUGUGUCCGGACCGGACCGCAGACUAAACUUCAUUCGCAUCCACGACGCUACCCCUUGGAUAAAUCCCGUUUAACUUUUUUAUCUGAUUUAAACGAAAUGUAAAUACAACAUAUCAAAUCUUCUUAUCUCAUGUUGUAUCAAAUAUAGCGAUUAUUUAAUAUAA